AUGGACAAUCAGAAUAACCACAAUGGGCAUCAGUCCGGCCACCAGCAGGAUCAACAUCAACAACCUAUGCACCAGGGGCAGCAGGUGGGCCCCGGUGGUACACCAGGUCUGGCCCAGUCGCAAGGAAUGGGAGGGCACGAUCAUUCACAACAGAGCCAGGGACAAAGUGCCGGGGCCGGCAAUGGAGGCGGCGAAUACUCCAACCAUUCUAAUUACCUAGACGCUAAUUGGGCCUCGAGCUUCUUGAUGGACUCUAACCAAGAUAUGUUGUACGGCAUGGACUUUAGCGCCAGCAGUAUGGGGAUGGGGACGGGAGCAUCGAAUAACCAGAUAUACUCGCAGGGGAUGUACAUGCCAACAAGUAUGAAUGUAGGGAUGAUACCGAAGGGAUCAGAGCAACAGCAGGACCAUCAAAUUGCUCCGCAGCAGCAGCAGAACAUCCAACCUCAGAUGCAAAGCCAGCCUGCACUGGGCCCUGCUCCAGUUUCAAUUCUCCCAUCCAACAAGACUCCUCUUCAAACGCCGAACCAGACCUCGCCGCCACCUAAUAAUAAUGCAAAUAGUAGCACAGCAAGCAACACACCGGUGUCCACAAAUCCGUCCACUGCUGUUCCAAACAAGGGAAGUAAAAUAAGACGACCCUGCGACCACUGCCGUAGAAGAAAGACCAAGUGCGUGAUAAUACCGGGCACCAACAACUGUGCCCAGUGUGAAUCCAAGUCUUUGGUAUGUACUUAUAUUGACCAACCUGCAAGAAGACCACCAGGCAACGGCGCUUCAUCGUAUGCCGACGAAAACAACAACAACAAGAACAAUAAUAUCAACAACAACAACAACAACAACAACAGCAAUGACAAUAUCAAUAAUAUGAACUACAACCCAAACAAAAGGUCCAAGACCAGUAAAGACGAAAAUCCCAACUUGGCCAUUUUGCAAGCUGGAUCGUUAGGUGAAAAUUCUACGUCUCACCUUGGUUCUAUGAUGAAUCCUAAUGUUGUCAUAAGAGAUGUGUUGCCAGUACAAGACUACUCCAUGGUCAACAACUCCUUGCUCAAGAAAACCUUAUCUUUACAAUUCCCCAGGUCUUCAUUCUAUGUGGGGCCCACUUCGUAUGUUUAUGAUGUGAAUUUACUUAAUUUGAUCAUAGACUCUCAGAAUAAUGCUUCGAAGAACGAGAAAAAGGGGAAUACUAAUAGCAACGGAGGUAAAAUUGAACAAAUAAACUUGAGUGAGAAUAUAUCUUUACGUAAAGUGAGCGAGAAGACCCAAUUUGUGCUAAAGGACGACCAAUCACCACAGUCAUACCUGACGAUGUCCAAUGAUGUGGAUACUAUUGAAAAAUUCAUUGCUCCGCAUGGACAAAUAUUAAUUGAUUUAUAUUUCAGAAUCAUUCAUCCAAGUUACCCCAUCUUACAUAAAAAGGUUUUUCUAGAGAAAUAUUCGAGGACACAUAGAGAAUUUGGAGCACCAUUGCUUGCUGCAGUUUACGUUUUGGCCAUUCAAUGGUGGGAUUAUGACCCCCAGUUGAAUAGGUAUCCUAAACCUGACAGUGAAUUAAUAUUGAAGAUUGCGGUCAACAACUAUUUAUUAGAAAUAUUGAAGAGGCCCAAAUUGAGUGCAGUACAAGCUGGAUUAUUGCUAUUGCAAUGCAAACACAUAUUACAAAGUAGAAAUUUGGAAGAAAAUAAGUCAAAUAGAGGUGGGGCCCCGACUGCUAACAGCUUAGCACCUGGUGGGGAUGCUGACUUCAACGAUUGGGUGCUCUGCUCGCAGGUUACUUCAUUGGCUGAAGAGCUUGGACUUGGUCUUGACUGUCAUGGUUGGAAGUUGCCUAAGUGGGAGAGAGGGCUCCGUAAAAGACUAGCAUGGGCUGUUUAUAUGGAAGAUAAAUGGUUAUCAUUGAAAAAUGCAAGACCUUCACAUAUACAUAACGAAAAUUGGGUUGUUCUCCCGCUUGCUGAUGAAGAUUUCCCAGAGAAACAUGGUGAUGGUGAUUUGAAGGAAGGCUCUUCGGAUAUUGAUAAUGGUAAGAAGAUCUUCCGCAAUUUGAUUGACUUGACUAUGGUAUUGUCAGAUAUCGUGGAACAAUUUUAUUCCAUGAAGGCUAUGAAUGAGAUCACUGACAUUAAUCAGGUAUUGAGGUUGGCUAAACCUUUGCAAUUGAGGUUGAGGAAUUGGUAUCACUCUUUGCCAAUAGAGUUGCAAAUGAACUCUGUUCAACCUAGGAAGUUAUGUUCUAAUGGAUACUUGCAGUUGGCAUAUUUUGCUACUGAGUUGACCUUACACAGGAAAAUCGUCACUACUAUUUACCAGCAGUUCAAAACUUCCAAUCCUCCUGCCAAAGAAUUGGUCCAUGUGUGUCGUACAGCAGCCAAGACGAGAUUAUUAGCAUCUAUUGAAUUUGUUCGAGACUUGAAACCAGAACAUAUCCACUCCUUUUGGCACUCUUCUGCUUCAUCUAGUUUUACAUUAAUAGGAACAUUUGCGUCCAUUUUGUUCAUAUCAUCAGUAAAUAAAGAAGAGGAAGCGUUUUACAAGGAUCAAGUGUUUAACUACCGAUGGAUUUUAAAGAUUUCUUCAAAGGGCUUUGAUCAAGUGGGUAGUGCUUUGCAAAAGUUGGAUUUAGUGCUUAACCAUAUUCCAGGCUUGCUAAUAGAUAAGGCAGGCUUACCCAUGGUGGUCCCCAAUGUUCCAACAAUCGACUACAAUGCGCAAAAGACUGCGGGCUACAAUAAUAACAACAAUACUAGUAAUAACAAAAAUCUGCAUUCAAAUCAAGGCUCACCUCAAAACCAACAAUCGCCAUUAACUCAGGGUAGUAUAAGUGGUGGCGGAGGAGCUGCUGGUGCAGGGAUCGGAGCAGGAGCUGCUAGAAAUAGAAUGAGAAUGAAUCCUCAACAACAGCGUCCCCAGGGCACUCCGUCGAAUAAUUCCUACAUCUCUUCGCCACAGCACUUCCACACUCCCAUGUCAGCGAAUAAUAAUGUCCAAGGUGGCAAUGUGCACCAAACUAUAUCUCGGGGAGGUCAGUUUGUAAUCAAUUCUCCUCAAUCUUCACAGGGCCUAUCACCCAAAGAGAUUAUCAAGCAACAGCGUCCCGUAAGCUGGAUGAAUGGUGAAGAAAACAACAUCAACAAUGGCGAUCUCAGCCAAGGACAAUCUAUAAACGAAUCGGAAAAUAAUUCGUACGCCAAUCCAAAGGUGAGUCCCAGCAUGAGCAACUCUCCUAGCGGACCUCUAUCUGCUCCAACGCAGAGUGACGACAAUCUAUCGAUCAAUUCUGAACAUAAAUAA